AUGCCGCCUAACAUCACCAUCCCGGCAAGCUUGACACUUGGUGUGCAAAGCGCGUUUGACACUUCAUUGAAGACGCUCGGCGAGUGGGAUCCCAAAAAGGGCCUGGAACUCGCUACAGAGGCGCAGGUCUUCCCCAGCUGGUUCUCGCCGGCCAUUCCCAUCCACCCAGACAAGAUUUUCUUCAAGGUCGUUAUCACUGGCCCGAAGGGGGUUCGCUGGGAGGGUGGUGACAACAAGCCGGUGCAGCUCUACGAAGGGAAGCGGAGCAAGGUGAAGUGCUCUUUCGGCAGUGAGGACUUCAUUGCUGCCACCAGUGUAGCUCCCAAGGACAUCGACAAUCUCUCGCCGGCUCCUGAACUCAUCAAUCGCCCGAAGCCCGCCGUGGAGGAGAAACCCAUCGGCGGCUACAACGUGCAGGAAGAUGCCGCCAAGGAGGAGCCUCUGAAAGAGGAGACUGACGGGACGACGGAGCAAGGACCGCCACUCCAGAAGCGCCAGUCGCGGCACCUCUUCCAGAACUCCGAUGGCUCGCUGAACAUGCAGAUGAGCCGCACGGCCAGUUUGAUGCUGGUGGACAUGGACGAGUUCUGCGCGGAAGCGGAAGCGGAGGAGUCGCAUCUCGUGGAACUGGAACGGGAUCGACUCAACAUGCAGCAGAGGCGUGUCGCGAGCGCCACCCUCCUCGAGGAGAUGGCAAAGAUCACAGAGUAUGCAGAUCCAUCCCACACGGUGAUGUUGCAAGGCUUCAACUGGGAGAGCCACAAGGCUGGCAAAGGCAAUUGGUACGGCAUCGUUGAGUCGAAGGUGGACAUGCUCGCCGACGUGGGCAUCACAGAUAUUUGGCUGCCGCCCUGCUCGCAGUCCGUGGCGCCCCAGGGCUACUUGCCAUCACAGUUGUUCAACCUCGAUGCAUCGGCCUAUGGAAAGAAGGCUGCGCUGAAGUCACUUCUCAAAGCGCUGCAUGCGAAGGGCAUGCGCGGCGUCGCAGAUAUCGUCAUCAACCAUCGCUGCGGGGACAAGCAGGACGAGCAGGGGCGGUGGAAUGUGUUCACCAGCACGGGCAUCGAGUCCCGGAAGAGCUUUCACGGCAUCAUGGAUUGGCAAGGCUGGGCCAUAACCCUUGGCGACCAGUUUUCGGAUGGAACCGGAGAACGAGGGCCCGGUCAUUAUGAUGGGAAGUUCGAUGCCGCGCCCGACAUCGACCAUGGCAACAAAAAGGUGCAGGGCAGCAUCGCUAUUUGGCUGCGUUGGCUCCGACUUGACAUCGGCUUCGAUGCCUGGCGCUUCGACUUCGUCAAGGGCUAUGGUGCCGAAUAUGUCGGCCACUACUGCAAGAAGAGUGAGCCGUCCUGGGCUGUCGGAGAGCUGUGGUUGGACAUGGAGUACGAUCACGACGGCUUGAAGUACAACCAGGAUAAGCACAGGCAGGAUACUGUGAACUGGAUCAAUGGCACGGACAAAGAGAGCACGGCCUUCGAUUUCACCACCAAAGGUAUCCUCCAGGAAGCGGUUCGCAACACGCAGUACUGGCGGCUCAAGGACUCCAACGGCAAGCCUCCAGGUCUCUUGGGCUGGAUGCCGACACACGCUGUGACCUUCCUGGACAACCACGACACAGGAAGCACCCAAGCCCACUGGCCUUUUCCGAACGACAAGGUGUUGGUGGGCUAUGCAUACAUCCUCACCCACCCAGGUAUUCCAUGCAUAUUUUGGGACCACAUCUGCGACUGGGGUGAGGAUAUGCGAAAUCGAAUCAAGGCGCUGCUGCAGCUGCGCCGAAGGGCUGGGAUCAAGGUGGACGACAAAGUUCAAAUCUUGUGUGCAGAUCACGACCUGUACAUUGCAGAGAUCGGCUCGCCCCCUGCACUGCGCGUUGCCCUGGGCCCGAAGCACUCCGGCGUCGACGGCGCCUGGUCUCCCGGCGCGGAGGGCGCAGACUAUCGUGUCUGGAUUAGAGCCUCGGCGGCCAUUCUCUUUAGCUGGUUUGCUGGAUAUGGACUCCAGGUUUGCCCAUGGGGGGUGGCGGGCCUCGGCCUUCCUACCGAGAUAGGCGAAGCGCUCUACGCCGAGUUGGAGGCUGAGGGCACCCUGCAGUCCUCGGAGGAAAUUCGUAUUCCCCCUGCAGACAUGGAGUGGCUCGUCGGCCAUUUCGGUCCCCAGAUCGACAUCCGUUUCCUCCUGUAUCGGCCACAGCUGGUACCAGCACUCAGGCGGUGUGUCGACUUCGGGCUGGAGCUGCCCAAGUCAGGACUCCAAGCAGAUGCAGAGCCCUCCGAGGCACCAGACCGGGCUUCCACGCCAAGCUGCCGCCCGGCCUCACAUGUAGGCCUCGGCUCCCGCGCGAGCACACGACCCCCGAGCUCUGUGCAGAGCCCGUCGCCUCGGCUGCGGUCGGACCCGUGGCCCAGGCAAGUGGAGGAUCGCGCUUCCGAGGCCGAGGACUGUGGUCUUGAGGCAGAGAAGGACGUGUCUCAGCGCGUGGAGUGGGGCUUCGAGCGCGGGCACGGGCCGUUUCCAGGGCCAGCUCGGCGGCGAAAGCCAGCGUCACAGUGGGGCUUUGAGCGACGACACAGCGUCCGAGAAGAUGGCCCAGACCGAUGGGUGAGCCAGGAGGUCGCCGGGGUUCCAUUUGCAGCCUCGUCCAGCCCGACCUACGACUCCAGCCUCAUGGCGAUGGCCGUCGGGGCAUUGCAAAGCAAAGAAGCAGACAAGGACCGUCUCUUGUUUGCAGAGAGGACUGUGGGACUCUUCCAGGCCUUGUCCCCACCCAGGGGCCCGGCCGGAGCGCUGGUCGAGGGUGGCUGCAGGGCCUUUGCAGACCAUGCUCGAUCUGCCUGGGAUGAGUAUCGGGCCGACGUGCAGCACUUUCAGAACACCGUCUACCGCCGGCGUGGCCGCAAAGGCGACAAGGAGCGGCGGCGACCCAUGGCCGGGCUCACGGAAGCUUCUACAAUCUACAAAGAUUGCAAAGCUUUCAUCAAGAAGUUCACAAGUUCCCCGCUGGAGGCAGACUUCGCCGCUGGUGCGGCCCUGGGCGUCGCCACCUUGGCAGGUGUCGGGGGCCUCCUCUGGCGAUGGAGGAGCCAGCGCGCGAGGACACUAAGCCGGCCCUUUGUUCUGAAGGACCUCACAGGUGGCGAGACUGUGGAGGAUCCCCUCGCGGAGCUCACGCGAGUGGUCACCUGGCUACAGGAUGACAUCAUUCGGCCCCUGGAUGCUCGCCUACCAGGCAAGCCCUUCGAGCAUGACCUGCUGGCAUUCCCAUUCACGCCGAUGGUGCUGGUGGUGGGGAACCAUUCGGCUGGCAAGUCGACCUUCAUCAAUCGACUCCUUGGCACGAGCGUGCAGGAGACAGGUGUCGCACCGACAGACGACGGCUUUACCGUUCUGAACUCGGAGUCAUGCAGCUCCGAUGCGGGGAGUUUGGGUGGCAGCCCCGACCUCCGCAAUGAGGAGAUGGAUGCCUUCUUCCGGCGGAAGGUCCACAUUCAAGUCAUAAACUGCUCGCGGUGGUCGUCACUGAUAUUUGCCGGGGAGUUUUUCAACUCGGGCGGCUGGGUGGGUCCGCGCUUGGAGGAGCUUUGCGAGGAUGCAUGCAUUGAGCUGGAAAGCAAUAGCUGGACAGCUGGCCUUUCUGGCUAUGUCACCUUUCGCAACAGUGAUCACUCACAGUUUUUCUGCGUCGUUGUGUCGUUUCCCUUGUUGGGUUCGUGCUGCUUUACGGCUCGCUUCGGUGCAGACCACGGGCUGCGAGACCCCGCUGGUUUGCUGGAGAACGCACCUCCGCUUUUACCUGCAGACCACGGCCUCACCCGUGCCGAAGGGUGCACCUGGGAAGCACUUGAUGUGGGAGUCCAGGAUAUGGCGGUGAUACGCUGCGUCCUGCUUCCGAGCAAAAUGAAGCGUCUGUCCGAAGAUUUCUCCUCGGCAUUGAAGAAUGCCGCAUGGUGUGCUACGUCCAGCGAGGACGGGGCUGCUGCCACUCGCCUUGGCAGGAGAAGCAGUCGCAUCACGGAGCGGCGUCUUGAGGUCGAAAUCGAGAACCAGUCUUCAGAGUCUUUCCUCUUCGACAACGAUUGGUUUAAGCAUGGAAGCUGGGUGGAUGGUGCGGUGGACUGCCUGCCACCAGGAACCACAACGACCCUGAAGCUGUGCAACUCCGACUUCACCUCCGGGGUCAGUGGCCUCUUCUGGUACGUGAAUGAGGCUCGCUUCGACGUGUACCUCAGCCUCGUGUUCUCUCAUCCUAUAGCCAGCGAGGCAGCCUUCGAUGCCUUUCUGGGAGCUCCGCCUGCUGAGCUGCACAGCGAAUGGUGCCAGGCGCCGCCAGUGAGCAGCGAGAAUGACAGGCACGGCUGCCGCUGGCGGGUCCUCGAGCGUGGCCCUAUCCUUCGCCUGAAGGUCACGUUGCCAGAGUCGCUGCCGCGGGCCGCCAGUGGGUUGCCCAGGCCCCCAAGGCCGGAAGCUGAGCAGAGGGUGCUGGCGGUGCGUGGCGAGGCCCCGGGGCAGGCCCAGCCGGCUGGGCGCGAGGAGUCGGAGGUUGCAGCUCCCAGCUUCAUGGAUGUGACUCGACCGAGAGACUUCAUCGACGGCGUGGGGAGUGGCCUCACGGCCGCCUCCGUCGGCUUUGCGGCGGGCGGCGCGGCCCUGGUGGCUGCGCCCGCGGUGGGUCUCUCCGAGGGCGGCGUGCCCGGCUUCGUGCUGGGCCUGGCACAGGGCGGCGCGGCAGCUUUGGGUUUGGCGGCCUGCGGGACGGCUGCCUGCGCUGCCCAGGUGGCGCGGGGCAUGCUCAACACGCCGGAGGCCCUCAUGCAGCAAGAUGGGACGAGAUGGGAUAGUGCUCGCGGCAAGUGGGUGGACGAUUUCGUGAACCUUCAAGAGGAAGAGGCACAGGCCGAGAAGGUUCCAGAGGACUGCGAAUCAGAGGAGGACUCGCCCUUGUUCGGUAGUGCAUACAAGAAGGAGGUCGCAGACUCGUCCUACUACGACAUCAUCGGCGUGAAGCCUGGGUCUCUGCCCGCCGACAUUAAGAAGGCAUACUACAAAGCUGCGUUGCAGGUGCAUCCAGACAAGAACCCCGGCGACCAGGAAGCACAUGUGAAGUUCCAGCAGCUUUCGGCGGCGUACCGUGUGCUGAGUGACCCUCAGCUGCGCGAGCGAUACGAUCAAAUAGGUGAGGAGGCGACCAAGGAGGCAGAGCUGCCUUCAAUUGAUCCUAUCCUCUUUUUCGGCAUUCUCUUCGGCUCGGAGCAUUGCGAAAAGUACAUUGGCAAGUUGUACCUUGCCAUGCAGACGAACCAGCUAGCCAAAGAGCUCCAGCGUCAAAGCAAAGGCGGAGAGGACAUCCUGAAAACCAGGGGAGAACGACAGAUGCAACAGCGCCAGCACCUGCGCGAGGUGCGCUGUGCGCGGCAUCUUCGACAUCUUGUAGACGUAUGGGCUGUCCAACGCGAUGGCCGCAGUUUUGUCCGACAAAGUUCGGAGGAGGCCAGCUGCUUGAACCAAUGCGCUUUUGGUGGGAGGCUCCUCAAAGCCAUCAGCCAAGCCUACCAGACUACAGCGGAAGACUACCUCUCGAGCCUCUACGGCCCGCUCACCUUAGAGUCACAGCUCUCUCGCUGGAGCCAUGGCUUCCAGGACGCCCAGCUGAAAACCUCAGCAGGCCUCAGUCUGGCGAAGGCUGCAUAUGCUGCAAACUCUGUGGCCGCCAGCGUCCACCGAAGAAUGAGCGAGAAGAACCUCAAUGCAACCUACAUUCCGGAGGGCGCCAAUGUCAUCGACAACAAAAUCGCCGAGUCGUUGGAAGGCCAGUUACCCAUCUUCCUGCAGACGCUUUGGGACGUUUGUCUUCUGGACAUCACCUCCACCCUGAAGAAUGUCUCUGGCAAGGUGGUCAAGGAUGUCAGUGUCCCGUGGCAGCUGCGGGUGCGGCGGGCGCAGGCAUUGCUCCGCCUGGCACGCAUCUUUCGUGAUGCGGGGCAGCGCGAGGCUUCGGACACGAAGAAGGCAGAGGUCGCCAAGCAGCUCCUGGAAGAGAUUGACCAGACGUGCCCGACAGACCCGACAGACCAGAAAGACAAGACAGACCAGACAGAGCAAGAUCCAGAGCAAGAGCCAGAGCAAGAGACAGAGCAAGAGCCAGAGCAAGAGACAGAGCAAGAGACAGGCUGGAUGGAGCUUCAAACAUCGACAACAUUCAAUCAAGCGGCUCCGCUGGCAGACAACAUCUCAGACGGCCGGCAGAACAUGGUCCUGCAGCGGCACCCAACAGGCAACGAGGUGGAAGACGGCCCCACGCUGCUCAGCUGCCCAGAGAACCGGCCGUUCAAGGAGCUUCAACGCUUUGGCCAGCCCUUCUGGGGCCACUUCCGCCGGAGGAAGCUGAUGCUCCCGCAGGACAGCAUCAUGCCGUAUGGGCUGCAGAUCGUGGAUACUCCUGGAAUGAUCGACAUGCCUGUGAAGUCCGAGAGCAUGGCCGGUGGUCGAGGCUACAACUUCUUGGAAGUCGUGCGCUGGUUUGCGAAACGUGCAGAUCUGAUCCUGUUGCUCUUUGAUCCGGACAGGCCCGGUACAACGGGUGAGUCUCUGGAUGUGCUGACGCGAUCCAUGGCUGGGCUGGACCACAAGUUUGUGAUCAUCCUGAACAAGGUGGACCAGCUUGACAGCAGCGUGGACUUUGCACGCGCCUAUGGAACGCUCGGCUGGGCGCUGUCCAAGGUGAUUCCGCGCAAGGACAUUCCUCAGAUCUACACGAUGUACAAUGCCGGCGUGGAGCACGCGGAGAACGGUAUCCGUGAACACAAGCUCCCACUGGAGGCCUUCCGGCAAAAACGCGAGGAGGUCGUCCAGGAGGUCCUCCGGGCGCGGACUCGCCACUGGGAUAAUGUCAUCACUGCGACCGAGGACACGCUGCGCCAGCUGGAGAUGGUUUGCACCGUCACCAGUGCUGUGAGCCAGCGUGUGCGGAGGCAAGCGAAGGAGGCAACCCUUUGGUCUUCUUGCUUGGUCGGCAUUCCAGCCAUGGUCGGAUUCAAGCUUCUGCACGACCGAUGGGCAGGUAGCCGGUGGUUUGGCGCCAGCGCAGCUGGCGUGGCACUGCUCCUGACCUUCGGUGUCAGUCGGCUGGUCUCCGAGUGCCCCCUUGUUGUGGUUUUGUGUCAAUUCGAAGCCUGCGAGGCCAUCCUCACAGUUCAGCUGGACCAGCUCCGUGCGAAUUUGCUCCAGCAACACCGCGCGGAGACGGAACGUCUGCGGCAGCACAACCUCAAGCUCCGAGCCGAGCUGGGGCUCCUGCACCAGGGCGUGUCUGCAGAUGAUGAUCCGUUGGUCAGCGUGGCUGACAAGGACCUUGCAUCUUCGCCAGCCCCGCUCUUGGUCGAGCUUCAUCCCGCAUCGGAUGAAAAAGAUCGCCUGACCGAGCCGGCGCACAGGUGGGGGCUUCUCGUGGCUUCCCUGCUGGACGGCGAGGACUCUGGGUGGGAGCCUGCCCCUAUUUCUCCUGCUGCGGCAAGCUUUACGCCGGCGCCGCUGCAAAUGAAAGCUUCCUGGGCAGCCGGUGUCCACCAGAUGCGGCAAUUCCGAAGCUACCGGACAACACUGAGCUCGAAGAACAGCACACUGCGGAUGCAAGAUGCGGUGCAAGAGGAGGAUAGCAUCUUCCAGCGCUUCGUCGUGGGUCCACGCAGCAAGCAGCAAAUGAUUUGGUCUACUGUCGGAGCAAUAUGGAUCGUUUGGGACCUGAUUACAAUUCCCCUGGGUCUUUUUCAAGUGGAAGACUUCAUCCAGCUCAUGUCCAACGUGGCACGGGUCUCCUUCGUGUACUGGUUCUUCGACAUACCAGUUCACUUCUUCUUUGGCAUCGAGAAACGAGGGAAGCUCGAAAUGCGGCCUUCCGUCCUGGCGAAGCACUACUUGCGCGGGUGGUUCUGGGUGGAUGUGAUGGUCGUGGCUUUGGAUGCUACGCUAAUCCUGGUGGAAGCCCUGCGCGACAUGGGCGUGAAUUCGACCAUCUUUCGAUCUGCACGCUUCCUCCGGACACUGCGCCUGCUGCGGUUGCUUCGCCUUUUGCGCGUGGCGAAGCUUCAGCAAGAGCUCAUGAUCCUAGCAAACAGCUUUCUUUCGACUCAUGCGUUCAUGGUCGUGAAGAUUUGUGUCGGGCUGGUCAUGAUGCUGAUGAUCAAUCACGUCAUCGCUUGCUGCUGGUACGGUAUCGGUACCUAUGACAUGAAUGGCAAGAACUGGAUUGUGCAAGCAGAAAUGGAGUCAGCGCCCUUCGGCGAGGCUUAUGCUGCAUCGAUGCACUGGGCACUGACCCAGUUUACACCGGCCACCCAGGAUAUCGCUGCGAGCAAUGCGGUUGAGCGCGUGUUCGCUCUGCUGGUCAUUCUCAUGGCCAUUGGGGUCUUCUCGUCCUUCAUUACUUCCAUCACGGCUACAAUGAGCUCUCUGCGGAAAGCAAGAGACGACAGCAACAAGACUCAGAUGACACUGUUCCGCUUCUUCAAUCAACGGAAUCUUUCGGUGGGCCUGUAUGGCAAAGUCGAGGAAGCUCUGCGGCUGGAUGGUCUGGCGUCAGUGCGUGUGAAGGAAAGUGAAGUUCCCGUUCUGGCAAGGAUGCCGGAGCGGCUGAGGAUGCAGCUGCACGAGGAGAUGUACAUGCCGAUGGUCAACGUCCUUGGCUUCUGGCCCGAUUCUGCCCCGGACCACCAGUACUUCUACUCCAACCUUUGCCACAGCUGCAUCUCCGAAGAUUUCUGCACGCAGCAGCAGGACGUCUUCAUGCCCGGCACCGACUGCAAGCACGUUCUGGUUGUCGAAACGGGCCUCAUGCACUACUUCGCACGGAACCAGGCGCACGUCCUGACUCGCAACCAGGAGGUCCAGAGCGAGGACGUCUUGUGCCUGCCAUGCCUCUGGGCCGAUUGGCAACACCGUGGCCGGCUCACUGCCAGCAGUGGAACCUCCUAUUACGGCAAAGUGAACGCAGACGAGUUUGUUCUCUUGGCGCGCAAAUUCGGCGGUGCUUUCUGGGUUCAUCUGCAAAUUUUCGGUAUACUUUUGAUCAGCGAGAUCGAGAACAGAGAUGAACGCAGCAACAUCAGCGAGCACAUCACGGACAUCCAGAUGAGCAAGGAUGAGCUUCAAGUCAUGAAGAGCCGCGCUGGCUCGUAUGUGGGAAUUCUGCAGGCAAACGACACGGCGUACUCCCGCAGAGCAGAGUCGACGCCGAGCCUCCACUCGAGGAUUCCCUUGGUCACUGCAACCAGGUCGGGUGUGGAUUCCGGUCGCAGCAGCUUUCGGGAAAGCCUCGAGGAGCGGCGCAUGAGUCGAUCCUAUGACAGUCACAUCGGCGCCGAGAAAGAUGUUGUCUCGGUGCUCUGA